AUGGCAAUGGAUGUGGAGUAUGAGACCUCAAAGCCACCUUGUUUUUCUUGUGCUUUUGACAGCCAAAAUGGAGGGAGAAACUUCUCCACAGAAUCUUAUUUAGCAAGUGGGUCUUUUAAGAGGGUCUUGCUGAGCCUGGAUCCUUCUCCAAAUGACUACGAAGAAGCUGUAGUGGAAAUGUUUGGCUUUCAGUGGGUUACUGAAAUGGCAUUAGUUGAAUCCUGUGAAUUUCUCUUUGGAUUACUUAGGCAACAGAUGUACAGACUGGAAGACCUAGUAGAAAGGAGUUCAUCUGAUUUUGGUCAUGCUGCAAGCUUGCACUCUGAAGCAGAGAGCAUCAGGCAUCAAUGUGUUGAGUUUUUGCGUUAUGUGAAAGUUUUCAUCUUCAGGUAUCUGGAACCCCCAAAAGAGGAAAAUGAUGGAACACUACAGCCAUAUGAAGAACUAGAAGCACAGUUACCAUCAGCGUUGGUGGAAGAGCUUCAUGCUUUGACCAUGCUCAUUGGUCGCCUUUGUCAGCUUCCUAGUAAUGUCCUGGCAGCAUUUACUAUUCAACAUCAGGCAAAGAUCUUUCCCCCAUCAUGGCAUUUACUACACCUCUACUUGGAUAUCAGUUGGCUAAUAAUGGAAAUUCUUCACCUACUAGGUGAAAAAAUGAUGAGACAAGUUGUUUACGCUCACCAUUUCAUAAAUCUAACUGGAGAAAAUUUAACCAGUAUCAGUUUAUUUGAAAAACACUGUGGAAAUCUCAUAUCUGACUUAAUAAGAUUGUCUGUCAACAAGUAUACAAAGGUACGACCUUCUGAGGCUCUUACUAAUCACCAUUAUCCCUGUGCCUGCAUUAAAGAACUGUGGGUUCUACUUCUUCAGCUGCUGGACCACAGGAAUAAGGGGUCUCAUACAGAGUGUUUCUGGGCCUUUGUGAACAAAACUCUGAAGAACAUCUUUGAAAGGCCAAGUGGUUCUGAAACGAUGUCUGGUUUUGAAACAGUGCCAUGUAAAGACCCAUUGAGUUUUAGCUGGUGGAUUAUUAGUCAUCUAGCAUCACUCUACCAGUUUGACCGUAAUGGAAAUCUAGAUGAAAAGAAAAAGAAGGAAUCCAAUUGGAAAUUUGUGGAAGAACUCCUUAAAAAAUCCACUGAUGCUCAAGCUGGUGUGUUAGAGGAACACUUACGAAUGCAUCUUCAGUGCUGUUUAACUUUGUGUAAUUUCUGGGACUUGAACCUAUCUGUUGUCACCAUACUCUGGGAUUAUUACAGCAAGAAUCUGAACAGUUCCUUUACUAUCCCUUGGCUUGGUCUGAAGGAUCUGGCAAUUAUCAGUAAGACUUCGUUGUCCAUGCUUGAGUUGGCGAAGCGUUGCUGCUGUGAACAGCAGAUCCCUUCUCUGUUCAAUUCCAGCAACAGUUACUUCAUUUUUCUCAGCAUUUUGGCACGCAUGAUGAAAGAAGAGAACAAUGGUGUGCAUCCUUGGAAGCAAAUUAAAGGACG